AUGGAAACUGCUGAGUUUUAUUACGUGUAUUAUUUAACUCACGAUUAUCUGCAGUAUGUGCUUCAAGAAUCACAUCUUGGACCAGCCCAAACCAGAGUUGCUCACGUCCUGCGAAACAUUGCGUCCUCACUGCAAGAUCAAACAGAGGAGGCUCUGCGACCCAUCUUGGAUAGGAUUGAUAUUGACUCUGUAGAUGUUGCCAAGAGAAUUUUCAAUGGAGUCAUGGAAGAAAAUUUUGCUGAUGGAAAUACCAACUGGGGACGAAUCACGACCAUAUUCACCUUUGGAGGACUUCUCACCAAGAAGCUUCAAGAGCACGGAGUUCAGCUCACUGGAGAGGAGAAGGAGCAGAUUUCUUACUUCAUCACAGAGUACAUCAUAAAUAACAAAGCUGAGUGGAUAGAUGCGAAUGGUGGCUGGGAAAAUGGCUUCCUGUCGAAGUUUGAAAGGAGAUCACUACUAUCUCUCUCCAAAAUUACAGCCCUUUUGAUGGCUUUUUUCUCCCUGUUCAGGGAGUACUACUGAAAAGAAUGGGCCUGCCAUGUGUAUAAAGUAGAUAU